AAUAAAGAUUAUGAAGACGAACAGAAGACAAGAUUAGAGAACUAGAAUUUAUGGUGAACAUAUAACGAAGAAUUUGUGGUGGAGGUGCAAAAAAAAAACCAGAUUAAUACAAGAUGGAGAUUUGGUCCACUAUCUUGCUCACCAUCAAAGUGCUGAUAAAUAUUUCGAUGUCUUUUGGAAAGGAAUCUGAUGCGCUUCCUGUUUGUGAUUCUAACACCCAAAGUUCGAAAAUAACAUGUGAUAUCAACAAUAACAAUACCUCGACUGACAUCCUGAUCAAAAUCCUCAAUAAACUUAAAAAUGGUAGAACAUUUGAUAAUCUUCACAUCCGUUGUCAAGAAAACAGUAAAAUAUUUUGGAACAGCUCAGCAUUUGUUGACACCUUUAAAUCUUUGAAAGUGGAAGAGUGUUUCUGUGAAACCGAUCAAACUGUUAUCCAGAUAAAUGCCACAAAUUUGCAAUCAUUGGAAUUCUUUAAAGUGAAUACGGAAUUUUUUAAGUAUGUCGAAAUUGAUAGUAGUAUUCACCUCUCUAGUCUGAGUAUAAAUAGAUGUGGAUUACCAGCGAUUCCUGAAUUCGUUCUCAAGAUGGACAGAAGUAAUCUACAGAAACUUUUUCUUAAAACUAAUCAAAUAACUCAUAUAAAUUGUGAAUUGUUCAAAGGCGUACCUUGCCUUGAUAAGAAAUGCUACCUGAAUCUGUUCGGAAAUCAAAUUGUCGAUAUUCCUGAUUGUGUGUGUAAGCCGUCUAUUAUAUGGUAUAAUAUCAACUUUUAUAACAACAGAAUAAGUAAUGUUUCAAACUUGCAAUGUUUGGAUCAGAUACAUGUUGAUGCACAAGAUAACUCUAUAGAGGAAUUACCUAACUUUACUUUCAUUGGGACAAUAACAAUUGACUUUACCUUUAAUAAGAUUAAAAGAAUACGCCGUGAAACGUUUUCAAAAUCAAAAUUAUGUAGCACUAUAUCAUUGUCCUACAAUG